AUGGCUCCGUAUAAAGCUUUGUACAGUAGGAAAUGUCGCUCUCCGAUUUGUUGGGCUGAGGUGGGUGAAAGACCUUUGUUAGGGCCGAAACUUAUGCAAGAAACAACCGAAAAAGUGAAAUUGACUCAUCAACGUCUGAAAAUUGCACAGAGCCGUCAAAAGAGUUAUGCCGAUGUCCGAAGGCAUGAUAGAGGAUAUGAAGUCGAAGAUCAUGUGUUUAUCAAAGUGACUCCAAUGAAAGGGCAGACAUGGUUUGGAGUGAAAGGUAAGUUGGCACUGAGAUAUGUUGGGCCUUAUGAAAUCCUAGAGAAAAUUAACCCAGUGACGUAUCGGGUAGCCUUGCCUCCAGUCAUGGAAAAUAUGCAUAAUGUCUUUCAUGUUUCAAUACUUCGAGGCUAUUUGAGAGAUCCAUUCCAUGUUCUUAAGCCGACGCAUAUACUUUUGAAGGAUGAUUAUACGUAUGCAGAACGUUCAAUUCAAAUCGUUAACCGAAGAAUCAAGAGAUUGAGAAACAAGAAAAUUCCAUUGGUGAAAGUCGAUUAG